GUUUUGCAUGGUAUUUAAUUUCAGGUGACACCCAUUUUUAUAUAAUAUGUAUGUAAUGUGCAGAUAGGUUGUGUCACGUCUUUCCUCACAUUUUUGUGCCCCUUUUGGUUCGUAAAGUCGCAGUCCCGCAAGAAUCUCACCGACUCGAUUUCAAGUGCCUCAAUUCCUCCAUUGAUUGCUGUAAUUUUGCCUGAAGGAGGAACCGGAGGCUUCAAACUUGCAGCUUGAAAAGUGCUGUGAGCCGGACGCAGGGAGCGAGAGAAACGAACGCUGAAGCCAGUCAGAGUCAGACCUUGAACUCGGCGGCGGUGAGCGAGACGCGAGGGCGUGAGCGGGGGAAAUGGCCGCCGUGUUGGCCAAGCGGCAUGCGAACCAGCCGCCGCUCGGCGCGGCCAACACCCGGACUUCGCCCGGGGACGACGUCGGGAGUCGGGCUGACGACACCGCGGGCUCUUCCGCACAGGCCACUGCUGCUGCCAACGGCGACCUCAUGUACAUUAUGCACCCUCAAGGCAAAGACAUUGAGUCAAGGAUGAUGGGACUCAGCAUCCGCGACUCCGAGCGAGAUGCCGAAGUUCAACAGAAGCAAGCGUCUGAUGUGUCGGGCAAGGGAACGAGCGGACACCCUGUGCAAAAUGGGCUAGGGCAGCACGAGGAGCUCAAUGAGGGAUCCUAUGGGAACUACGGAGGCCGAGUGCUGUCGGCGAAUUCUGGGAGCAGGCAAGACAGUCCGUUGGACGGCGAAGUGGCGGUGUCUAGCGGGCCUCGAAAUGGCGCCUUGGAUGCCGAAGCGCGACCGAAUCUCAUGCACGGGAUGAUUCCGCAGUCCCCGCACCAUCAUAUGCAGAAUUCUCAUCAGCAACAGAUUCAUCCGGAAUCCAACCAGCACCAGCAGCUCGCCCAGGCUCAGCAAGCAGCCCAGCAGCAGCAGCACCAUUCUCAGCACGAGUCUGUUAUGAUGCACCACGCACACCACGGAGCCCACCAACAGAUGAAUCCGCAUCAUCACCAGCAACAGGCACAACAGCAGCAGCAGCAUCCCAUGGGUAACGGAAUGCAGCAGCACGUGCAGCAGCAUCAGCAACACGUACAUCAACAGCAGCAGCAACACAUGCAGCAGCAAGCCGCUCAUCAGCAGCAGCAUCCUGGGGGUAACGUGGGUCCACAGCACCAUCCGAACAAGUACAUGCCGGGCGGCCCCAUGAAUGAAAUGGUGAUGGAUGCCGGAAUGUCGCCUUUCACCCCCGACGGGUAUAUUGUUCCUCCGAUGGAUUCUCCAAAUAUGAUCACCCCCCACGAUCACCACCAGAUGUAUCAAGGCGGCGGGCCGAAUGGAGGUGGACAACCAGCAACAAUGCAGCAUCUUCUGGCGCAACAAUACCAGCAGGCGAUGGCCGCUGCUCAGCAAUCCAUGACAUCAGGAGGCGGACCUGGCCCGUACGUUAUUAACCCUCAAGACCCGUAUCAUAUGCAAACACUGUUGGCAGAUCCGCACUUACUCCCGAUGCCGGGCGGCUACUAUCAACUGCCUCAGCCAGCCCCUGCAGCCUGGGGAAUGUAUCCCGCUGGGAUGAAUCUUAUGCAACAACCCAACCAGAGUCAAAGCCCUGGGGUACCCAACGGUAUGCCCGGAACGGCGUCAGCGGGAUCGACGGCCUCGUCGGCGAAUGGCAACAAUGGUCAACAGACCGGUGGUGCCAGACGCCCGAUAUCUCCGUCGAUGGUGGCCGAGGCUGCUGCUGCGGGAUAUGUGCUUCCAGCUGGAUAUUAUGAGGAUCGAGGCGCUGCGGCGGAGCAAGGCAUGUUGUUGCAAAAUCUGGGAGCUCGUCCAGGGGCGGCCGGCCCAACCGGAGCGCCGUUACGAGUUUUGUCACCCGGGUCGUAUCUCGUCAGUGCUGGACCUCAAGAUUACGGCGGAAAGCCCGGACUUCUGAUCAACGGGAUUGGCGGGGGAGGGCCGCACGGUGGCCCACGUCGUGAACCCGUGGUAGACGGUCAAUUCGCUGGACCCGGCGGGCAGCAUCAUCCGCACGCUCACCUGGGAAUGGCUGGCGCAGGGUCAAGCAAUGCAGGUGGUGCUGGUGGCCCGUUCUCUCCUUCCUUGGACUUCCGCGCGAUGACACCCCACACGAAGUGGGCGCCGAAUCCUGCUGCUGCCGCCGCCGCGAACAAUUACUUCAACCUAGCAGCGGCUGCUGCAUCAAACAUGGCAGCAAACGGAUACCCUGAUGUGCAGGGUAAUAUGACUUGGAGUCCAAAUGUAUUUGCACCGAGUACGAUGAUGGCUGCUGCUGCAGCGGCUGCAGCUGCCGCCGCAGGCGUUUCAUCUGGUGGAAUGGCCCCGGGCGUCCGUCGCGGUGGCGGUGGACAGGGUGCGGGAUUUUCGCAUUCGGCUGACCAUAAAUCGUUGCCGGGUCGUAGUCGCUUGCUGGAGGAUUUUAGCGUAUCGACUGUGAAUAAUCGUCGAUUCUUCUACAGGAACAAUCGUUUUUCAAAUCUCUCGUUUCGUGAGAUGACUUCUCACAUGGUGGAGUUCUCUCAAGAUCAACACGGGUCCCGUUACAUUCAGCAGAAGUUGGAGAGGGCAACCCCAGCAGAAAAACAUAUGGUCUUUUCCGAGAUAUUGCCGCAGGCCUACAAUCUGAUGACGGACGUAUUUGGCAAUUACGUGAUUCAGAAGUUCUUCGAAUACGGCUCACCAGAGCAAAAGGCCACACUUGCCCAGAAAGUAAGAGGAAACGUCGUGCAGCUCGCUUUGCAGAUGUACGGAUGUCGCGUGAUACAGAAGGCCCUGGAGACUAUCCCUAACGAUCUACAGCAAGAAUUGGUCAAGGAAUUGGAUGGACACGUGCUGAAGUGCGUCAAGGAUCAGAAUGGGAAUCAUGUGGUGCAGAAGUGCAUCGAAUGCGUGGACCCUCAGGCAUUGCAGUUCAUCAUUAAUGCCUUUGCGGGUCAAGUGUAUGCUCUCAGCACGCACCCGUACGGCUGUCGUGUCAUCCAGCGCAUUUUGGAGCACUGCUCACCGGACCAAACUGCUCCCGUUUUGGAAGAGCUGCAUCAUCACACGGAACAGCUGAUACAAGAUCAAUACGGCAACUAUGUCGUUCAACAUGUUCUUGAGCACGGGAAUCCGGAAGACAAAGCUAAAAUCAUGGCCGUGGUCCGCGGGAAAGUUUUGCCGCUGUCGCAGCACAAGUUUGCUUCCAACGUUGUGGAGAAAUGCAUUCAGUACGCGACGCGUGCCGAACGAAUCCAGCUCGUUGAUGAAGUUUGCAGCGGCAGCGUGAAUUCCGGGAACGUGUUGGUCGAAUCGGUCGGCGUUGAUGCCGCCGCUGCUGCAUCCGGCCCGCUCCAGCUCAUGAUGAAGGAUCAAUACGCCAAUUAUGUUGUGCAGAAAAUGCUGGACCUGGCUGAGCCAGGUCAAAGGAAACUUCUUAUGAACCGCAUCCGUCCACACGUCGCCACGCUCCGCAAGUUCACGUAUGGGAAACACAUUUUAGCCAAGCUUGAGAAGUAUUUCAUGAAAAGCGCGAUGCCACCGACGACUGGAGGAGGAAAUGGACCUGUAGUUCCGUCUCCCUCUUCUACGAGCCCCGGAGGUCUGAUGGGAAUGGCCGGAGGACAAGUUCCGAAUGCCAUGCAAAGACUGACGACUGGACCGAGUAGUGGACCAGCCAUGCGAAGUCUAUUGUCAUCUGGCGUCAGCAACAGCGGGACAACCAUUAACAACAACACGAUCGCGUCGGUGAAUCAGAACGGCGGCGGGAACGGGAACACGAACGGAAUGCAAAUGCAUCAUCACGCCGGGGACAUGUCGACGCUGAUGGCGGCAGUCGCGGCUGCCGGCAGCGUCCAAUCAGCUUACAUGUAAGCGAUACUCGGACAAUACGAUAGUGAGGAACGAACUGUGCGAUUGAUGGAACAUGACUGGUGGGUUGUGUACUUUUUUUUCGACCACCGGAAGACGAGUAUUUGGGACUAGAAUGACUGCGCCUUUUUGAGAGUGUGAAACGGAGAACAACCUUCUGGAUGCGUACGUGAGAGAGGCCUGAAAGCGUUUAAAUGAUGGUUGCUCUCUGCAUUUGGCCCAUUGUUCGGCAGAAGAUUGUUGAGAUGGAAGAUCUCAUUGUGUACUAUUUCUAACUACGUUCUCUCCGGGUAGAGCCUUGAACAUUCUCAAAAGCCUAGAAUUAAUGCCUUGGUAUUGCUCGGAGCAGAAGCUCAAACGUGAUCAUGCCGUUUUGUUCAGAUUCUCAAGCCAAAGAACUCUGUUUCUCAUUUUAAUCUGUUCUGUAAACUGGGGAAAGUAAGGGCAGUGCUCUGUACAAUUGUUCUCUAGAAACUAUGUUUUUGACCUGUUCGCGAAUUGGAAAGUGAGGCGGAAGCUGGAUGGAAACGACCGUGAUAUUGUGAAAAGAAACGAGGGUUUUGGAAAGGUGGAGCGCGGAUCUGUGGCAAAGUUUGUAGGAAAUUUUAACGACGGUAAUUUCAUUAGCCUCAGUGUUUAGAAUAUUUUCAUUUUUACGGAGCCGUGAAUGCUCGGCAAUCUCGCAUUACCUAGCGCACAAUGCCAACUGCAAUUCCAGUGCUGCUGAUGUAAGGGCCUCAGCCAGGAUUGGUUCUAUGCUCCAAGGAAUCCUUUAAACGUUUCAAAUGCUUGUCAGAGGGGUGUGAAGCAACGCUGAGGCCCUUGCGAAAUUAGGCUGUUAAACCUUUGUAAUUAAUGGUGUAUUGCUCUCCUGACUGCUUUCGUUGUAACAUGGCUCGAUGUAUUUGAAGCGGAGCACCAUAAUUUCCUUAUUUUUGAAAUAUUUGUAAUUUCUUCGGAUAACGCACACAUGUAGAGUCGAUUACUUCAUAAGUGGAACUUUUGCGACGUACAAUCUGUAUGCCUUUUUGUUUGCCGAGUAAGGCUCUUCGCCCAGUUCACAUGUGAUUUCGAAAUAUCCCCCUCGUUUAUCUGAUUGAAACGCUUUGAAAUGUCCGUCUCGUCGGUCGAACUUUGUUGAUGCAGACUACUUUUUUCCCGUUUCCGUACUUGAUAGUGCUUCCGCAGGAUUACUGCCCAAAGAUUGAUUGGAGUUGUCGCACCGCUGAUCACCAGUAAGUUAAUUGUAUCAUUUGUGAAAAUUGCACAAUUUGUCGAGACUGGCUUAAUCGGGGAAGAGGAAAUUUCUGUUCAAUUUUUCUGUCUUUGGAUGAACCAGCAGUUGUAUCACUGGGGCUUCAAGCUGGCGAUUGCUCCUGGUGUUUUUCAGUCAUACAAUGUUUUGAUCUCAUAUUCAAGUUUUAUAUGAUCGUUCCCAAGUCGGUCUGGCUCCUCGCUCUACUGACAACGUGUUCGAGCACCUUUUUUUUGCGGCAGAACUUUCUUUGGCGUCCUCUUUCUAACCACUUGCAGAGAGGCAGUGUACAUGGAUCGAAUGUGUAGAAAGGUUGUUUUAUUAUGUUUCCAUUGGAGUAGGAAUGUGUGUUUCAUGUCGAGUGAUGCAUUUUUGAUUGGGCUUGACUUGGACGCGUCUGAUCGGAUUUUAUUAUGUGCGAGAAGUUCGUGCUGCAGAUUUUUUUCGUGUGUUUUUGCUUUUGAGGGACACAUGACAUUCAAUGGGUAUUUUUCCUGUCUGAAAAACCUGCGCCGUAUUUUCGCAAAGCGCUUUGUAAAACUGUAGUGAAGCGGAGAACGAUCCGCUAGAUUUUUUUUAAAGGAAAAAUUGCGGUGAAUGGAUGAGUUGGUAGGAAGAUUCGUUGGAACGAUUUUUGAAUGAAUUUUUCUGUAGUUGGUGACGGAUGCAACUUGUUUGUUGAUCUGUUCAUUCCCGAGUUGAUGUUGUUGACGGCAUGGAAGGGAUGGUGAUGCGCGUGUUUCGUUUCUUGAUGGUAUGAGGUAAUACGACAAUCGAUUUGGUUGGAAA